AUGGAUAACAAUGAUGAUAUAAAUAUCUACGGCGCUACGUCAUUUGCCGGUCUGAGAACCUUUGCCAACUUGCCCUUUGUAGACUGCUUCUCUGAUGAGCAUGCAGAGAGUCAUAAGUAUGACAUUGCGGUCUUUGGCGCGUCACACGACACAACUACCACUGGCCGUCCGGGAGCUCGGUUUGGUCCGCCUGCCAUUCGAAGCGGGAGUCAGAGAAAGUCGCCGGGGGAAUGGAGCGUGUACACGGGAAGAAACCCUUUGCAAGACUGGGCGACCGUCGUAGACUGUGGCGAUGCCCGUCUGACCUGGCUGGAUAACACGGCUUCUCUGAAGCUUCUAGACAAAGCCCACACCGUCAUUUCGGGCAGACCGGCAGCGAACUCAUCGGUGUCAACCACGCCGAGGAUACUCACGCUCGGAGGAGACCACACGACGACGCUGUCUGCCUUACGGUCGACCUACCAGAGAUGGGGCCCCGUGUCUGUCAUUCACUUUGAUAGUCACAUCGACACCUGGGAUCCCUUAGUCUUGGGUGGUGGGAUAUCCGACUACGCUGGUCUUAACCAUGGGACGUUCCUUCAUAUUGCCCACGAAGAGCAUCUGAUCUUGAAUACCUCAAUCCACGCGGGGAUCAGAGCCUCGUUGAUCCGACGAAAGGGUGAUCUGCGCAACGACGUCCGAUGUGGUUUCGAGAUUAUCACCGCACGCGACUUGGAUAAGCUCGGGGCCCAUGGUGUCAUCUCGAAGCUCAAAGAGCGAGUCGGAGACUCUCGAGUCUAUAUCAGUGUUGAUAUAGACGUACUUGAUCCGGCCUUUGCGCCCGCAACUGGUACUGCUGAGCCGGGUGGCUGGUCUACAAGAGAGCUUCUUACCAUCCUCGAUGGCCUCGAGGGCCUCUCUGUUGUGGGUGCCGACGUAGUCGAAGUCGCACCUGCCUACGAUAAUAACGGGGAGACGACUGUGCUCGCCGCGGCCGAGAUUGCGUAUUCGUUGAUCGAUCUCAUGGUCCUAAAGCCUGUCCAGUAA